CGCCGCCGCCAAGCCUGGAGGCGGGAGCGGGUGCAGGCCCCUCGGAGGUGCCAGCGGAGCCCGACCAUGACGGCCCCAGGGAGGAUGACGAACCCAGCCUGGUGCACGGCCCGCAGACAGCCCACCCCGACCUUGAGAUCCCGGGUUUGGAGAAUCCUGCUGAGAGUGAACAGUAGGAGGAUUCCCCAAAGCUUCCAGCUUGCCACCUGGAAGAAGGUCACUUUCUUUUGAGCAAAGGAGAUAAUGGGAGGUACCCUGCCAAUGUUCACUGAGAGGCGGGGGUGACAUGGGCCACGGUUGCUCUGGGAGGGUUGUGGCACUCGGGGCUGGGUGGCGGCUCUCCCUAAGCUUGCUCUGACAAAAGAGUUUUGAGUUGGUCUUUUGGCUGAGCCUGCCCAGGAAGGCAGGCUCCUGCAGGAGUCUUGGAGGGUCGGAUGCGGCGCCGGAUGAGGAUGAGGCGUGGCGGAAGAUGCGUUUGGCUCUGCAGACACUGCAUCGGGCAGCAGGGGACUCUGGGAGGCUGGUGCAGCCAGAAGGCAUGGCUCUUGACAGCCUUCUAGUAGAAUCUCUGGAAUUGUGCAUGUCCCCCCCGCCUCCAGCCAGCCUGUGCAGACUUGCUGCCUGCUGUGUCACCGGGAACGCAAAGGCUGGGAAGAAGGCCCUUCUCAAAAUGGACUGGUGUUGCAGGAUCUCCUUGUCACACACAUCCUGCAAAUCACAGUCUUGUGGAGAUGACUCUCAUUCGUCCUCGUCUUCCUCUUCAUCAUCCUCAUCCUCGUCCUCCUCUUCCUGCCCUGGGAACUCAGGAGACUGGGAUCCUAGCUCGUUCCUGUCGGCACAUAAGCUCUCGGGCCUCUGGAAUUCCCCACAUUCCAGUGGGGCCAUGCCAGGCAGCUCUCUUGGGAGUCCUCCUACCAUCCCCGGUGAGGCUUUCCCCGUCUCGGAGCACCACCAGCACUCAGACCUCACUGCUCCCCCUAACAGCCCCACCGGCCACCACCCCCAGCCAGCAUCUCUAAUCCCGUCUCACUCCAGCUCCUUUGGCUCCCCGCCCCACCCACACCUGCUGCCCACCACCCCGGCAGCACCUUUCCCUGCCCAGGCUUCAGAGUGCCCUGUUGCUGCUGCCACCACCCCCCACACUCCAGGGCCAUGUCAGAGCUCCCAUCUACCCUCCACCAGCAUGCCGCUCCUGAAGAUGCCCCCACCAUUCUCGGGGUGCAGCCACCCCUGCAGCGGGCACUGUGGUGGGCACUGCAGUGGGCCUCUCCUCCCACCCCCGAGCUCUCAGCCACUCCCUAGCACUCACAGGGAUCCCGGGUGCAAGGGGCACAAGUUUGCACACAGUGGCCUGGCUUGCCAGCUGCCCCAGCCCUGCGAGGCAGAUGAGGGGCUGGGUGAGGAAGAGGAUAGCAGCUCUGAGCGAAGCUCCUGCACCUCGUCCUCCACCCACCAGAGAGAUGGGAAGUUCUGUGACUGCUGCUACUGUGAGUUCUUCGGCCACAAUGCGCCACCUGCUGCCCCGACGAGUCGGAACUAUACCGAGAUCCGGGAGAAGCUCCGCUCAAGGCUGACCAGGCGGAAAGAGGAGCUGCCCAUGAAGGGGGGCACCCUGGGCGGGAUCCCUGGGGAGCCCGCCGUGGACCACCGAGAUGUGGAUGAGCUGCUGGAAUUCAUCAACAGCACGGAGCCCAAAGUCCCCAACAGCGCCAGGGCCGCCAAGCGGGCCCGGCACAAGCUGAAAAAGAAGGAAAAGGAGAAGGCCCAAUUGGCAGCAGAAACUCUAAAGCAGGCGAAUCGUGUUUCUGGAAGCCGGGAGCCAAGGCCUGCCAGGGAGAGGCUCUUGGAGUGGCCUGACCGGGAACUGGAUCGGGUCAACAGCUUCCUGAGCAGCCGUCUGCAGGAGAUCAAAAACACUGUCAAAGACUCCAUCCGUGCCAGCUUCAGUGUGUGUGAGCUCAGCAUGGACAGCAAUGGCUUCUCUAAGGAGGGGGCUGCUGAGCCUGAGCCUCAGAGUCUACCCCCCUCAAACCUCAGUGGCUCCUCAGAGCAGCAGCCUGACAUCAACCUUGACCUGUCCCCUUUGACUUUGGGCUCCCCUCAGAACCACACGUUACAAGCUCCAGGCGAGCCAGCCCCACCAUGGGCAGAAAUGAGAGGCCCCCACCCACCAUGGACAGAGGUGAGGGGGCCCCCUCCCGGUAUCGUCCCCGAGAACGGGCUCGUGAGGAGACUCAACACCGUGCCCAACCUGUCCCGGGUGAUCUGGGUCAAGACACCCAAGCCGGGCUACCCCAGCUCCGAGGAGCCAAGCUCAAAGGAAGUUCCCAGUUGCAAGCAGGAGCUGCCUGAGCCUGUGUCCUCAGGUGGGAAGCCACGGAAGGGCAAGAGGCAGGGCAGUCAGGCCAAGAAGAGCGAGGCAAGCCCAGCCCCCCGGCCCCCAGCCAGCCUAGAGGUUCCCAGUGCCAAGGGCCAGGUCGCUGGCCCCAAGCAGCCAGGGAAGGUCCUAGAGCCUCCCAAAGUAGGCAGCUGUGCCGAGGCUGGAGAGGGGAGCCGGGGGAGCCGGCCAGGACCAGGUUGGGCUGGCAGUCCCAAAACUGAGAAGGAGAAGGGCAGCUCCUGGCGAAACUGGCCAGGCGAGGCCAAGGCACGGCCUCAGGAGCAGGAGUCUGUGCAGCCCCCAGGCCCAGCAAGGCCACAGAGCUUGCCCCAGGGCAAGGGCCGCAGCCGCCGGAGCCGCAACAAGCAGGAGAAGCCAGCCUCCUCCUUGGACGAUGUGUUCCUGCCCAAGGACAUGGACGGGGUGGAGAUGGAUGAGACUGACCGAGAGGUGGAGUACUUUAAGAGGUUCUGUUUGGAUUCUGCAAAGCAGACUCGUCAGAAAGUUGCUGUGAACUGGACCAACUUCAGCCUCAAGAAAACCACUCCUAGCACAGCUCAGUGAGGCCCUGCCCAGGCUGAGCUUCUUCAGGGCGUCCUGAGACCCCGACUGCCAGCUGAAGGCCUACAAUUUUUCCCUCCGUGUGCCCCACCUACCCGUCCAAGACCCUCUCUGCUCCCCACCAUCCUGGACCAACCAAAAGCUGAAUGGAUGCCACACUGUGCUGGGGCCCCUUGACCUCAGCAGAGCCGCUUCCUGGUGCUACGCAGCCUCCACACUCAGAGCCCGUGGACUGGGCUGGCCUAAGGGCCGGGGCUGAUGGUACUGCUGGCCCAACACUGCUCUCUUUGUGUUUGGUUUUUUUUGUUUUUGUUUUUAUUUUAUUUUUUUCCAAUUCUUUACUUUUGAUACUGUGAAGAUCUUUCGUGCCGAAAGAUAAAGCAACAUUUGGACACAGAA